ACAAAUGGACUGCCAUCGCUAUUCACUAGUUUGGCGGUUCUCUAAAAAACACUAUUUCCAUUCUAUAGAAGUUAUUAUUAUUUAUUAAAAAGGAUGCCAGAACAAGCAGAAGUAAAUACUGAUGAUUUAAAGCGUCGUGAUUUACCUUGGAUAGAGAAAUAUCGACCCACUAAGUUUGAAGAAAUCGUAGGAAAUGAAGACACAAUUGGACGUCUUUCUAUAUUUGCUACACAAGGGAAUGCUCCGAAUAUUAUAAUAGCGGGCCCGCCUGGCGUGGGAAAGACAACGACAAUCCAAUGUCUUGCCCGUAUUUUAUUAGGAGAAAGCUAUAAAGAAGCAGUGCUUGAGCUAAAUGCUUCAAAUGAACGCGGAAUCGAUGUUGUACGAAAUAAAAUAAAAAUGUUUGCUCAACAAAAAGUGACAUUACCCAGAGGCAGACAUAAGAUAGUUAUAUUAGAUGAAGCUGAUAGUAUGACAGAAGGUGCUCAGCAAGCGCUUCGUCGAACAAUGGAGAUUUAUAGUAGUACAACACGCUUUGCCCUAGCUUGUAAUACUAGUGAAAAAAUUAUUGAGCCCAUACAAUCACGUUGCGCUAUGCUUCGUUUCACGAAAUUAUCUGAUGGACAAAUACUUGCCAAAUUAAUUGACGUUUGUCAACAUGAAAAUAUUACCUAUGAAGAGGAUGGAUUGGAGGCAAUUGUGUUUACAGCGCAGGGAGAUAUGAGACAGGCCUUAAAUAAUUUACAAUCAACCGCUCAAGGUUUUGGUACUAUCACUGGAGCAAACGUAUUUAAGGUUUGUGACGAACCUCAUCCUAUGCUUAUACAAGACAUGCUACAACACUGCGCACAUAACGAUAUACAUAAAGCAUAUAAAAUUCUCACUAAACUGUGGCGCCUAGGAUAUGCUUCGGAAGAUAUAAUAGGAAACAUAUUUAGAGUUUGCAAGCGACUCAAUAUAGAUGAACAUAUGAAGCUUAAUUUUAUUAAAGAAAUAGGCAUCACGCACAUGAAAGUGGUAGAUGGAUUAAACUCUUUGCUCCAAUUGACAAGCCUUUUGGCGAAAUUAUGCGUCAUUGCUGAAACUCAUUGACAUUCUUAAAUCAACCAAAUAUUAAUUUCUUCAUCUAAUUAUUCAAAUAAAUUCUUUACAAAAUUUUUGGUAUAUUUAU